AUGUCAUCAUCUGCAAUGCCAUUCAGUUAUUCAAAUAGUACGCAUAUUAGGGGAUGUUUGACAUCCGAUGGGAUUAGAAUUAAAUCUCAAUUCACUUACAAUAACGACGACGAUUCCUAUUAUGAUGAAGAUAUCGCUGAUCACAGCAAUAAUGGCAGUAGCACAUUAAUCUGUAUUAGUCCUUGUGUAACUUUAUCUAAUACACUAAAACAAAAACAAAACUAUAGUAAUACUAUUAGCAGCACCACUGCUACUAAUACUAAUAACAUUAGUAAUAAUAGUAAUAGUGGUAAUAGUAGUGAUAGCUGUAGCAAUAAUAAUAGUAAAAAAAUUUUAAUACCUAAUGAAACUAUUAUUCCAUUCAGUAGAAUUAUUUAUGCAAAAUAUAUAGAUGUUUAUGACACUAAUAUUUCUGGUCUGAAUAUUAAAAAUAAAAAUAAAAAUAAAAAUAGUCCCAAAACAAAAAAAAAUUAUAAACAAACAAAUAAAUCUACAAAUGUUGAAGAACAAACUUCUUUAUUGAAUCAUUAUCAUCCUAUUUCUAAUACUACAACUAUCACCACUACCACUACCCCAACAACUAAAAAUAAUGAUAACAAUAGCAAUAGUAUUAACAAAGAUAAUGUCAAUAUUCAAAAUCAAAGUUUUGAUAGCGACAUUAAUUUAAGUUCGACUUAUGAAUCAUUAAAUAGUAACAACAACAAUAAGAACAACAAAAAUAAUACCACUGCUACUAUCACCACUAAUAACAAUAAUAUUAACCAGAUUUUUAUUGAAUUAACUUUUGUUUAUCCAAAAGGUAAAGAUGUUAUACCGACAAAGCUUAAGUUAUUAAUGGAUCCACUGCCUAAUAAUAAUAAUAAUAAUAAUAAUAAUAAGAAUGAUAUAACAACUAGUAAUUUUGACAUAGUUUCUCACAUUAUUGAAAAAUCCUAUCAAAAUGUUCGUAAAGAAAAAUCCAUUCUAAUCAUAAUUAAUCCAUAUGGUGGGUCAGGUAAAGCUUUACAAAGAUUUAACAAAAAAAUUAAGCCAAUACUCGAUGCCUCCCCAUUCAUUAAAUAUGAAAUUGCGUUUACUAAAUAUUACCAACAUGCAAUAGAUAUUGCAAGAGAAAUAGAUGUCGAUUCUUUCGAUACCAUAGCAUGUUGUUCUGGUGAUGGGAUCCCUAAUGAGGUCAUUAAUGGAUUAUACCAAAGACCUGAUAGAGCCCGUGCGUUCAACAAAAUCUGUGUCACACAGCUACCUUGUGGCUCAGGGAAUGCAAUGAGUAUAUCUUGUCACUGGACAAUGAAUCCAUCAUACUCUACUCUGUGUCUUUUAAAAUCUAUCGAGUCUAGGAUAGAUGUAAUGUGUUGUCAACAGCCUUCUUAUGUAGAUAAAUAUCCAAGAUUAUCCUUCUUAUCACAGACUUUAGGUGUCAUCGCUGAAUCAGAUAUCAACACAGAAUUUAUCAGAUGGAUGGGCCCAGUCAGAUUCGAUAUCGGUGUCGCAUUCAAUAUUCUUAAAUACAAAAAAUAUCCAUGUGAUCUUUACGUGAAGUAUGCUACAAAAACCAAAAAACAAUUGAAUAUCCACUAUUUGCAUAACAAAUCUAAAAGACAAGUACUCAUGUUUACUCCAAAUACAUCACAGGUCUCGAUCACGGAUAAUUUGCCAACAUCACAAUCUGACAAUAUACACCAAGGGGAUCAAACAGAAUCACCUUUUGAAGAGAAAGAUUUCCAUUUGAAAUAUUCUAUUAAAGACCAAAUCCCUGAUGAUUGGGAAAAAAUCGAUUCUAACAUUACUGAUAACCUAUCGAUUUUUUACACUGGGAAAAUGCCAUAUAUGGCCAAGGAUGUCAAAUUCUUUCCUGCUGCAUUGCCUGCUGAUGGAACUAUCGAUAUGAUCCUAACGGACACAAGAACUCCUAUCCAUAAGAUUACUCCUAUUUUAUUGUCACUAGAUAAGGGGACACAUGUCCAUGAACCUGAGGUGAUUCAUUGGAAAGUAUUGGCCUAUAGAUUAGUACCAAAAAUUGAUAAUACCGUGAUCUCUGUGGAUGGUGAAAAUUUUCCAUUGGAACCAUUACAAGUGGAAGUUAUCCCAGGAUUAUUGAAAACCUUAUUAAGAAAUGGAUCAUAUGUGGAUACUGAAUUUGAUUCACAAAUCAAAUAA